AUGGCCCUCCUGCACUCCGGGAUGGCUACUACCUUUCACCCAGGCCUUGCAGCUGCAGCCUCUGCCAGAGCCAGCUCCUGGUGGACCUAUGUUGAAAUGGGACCUCCAGAUCCCAUCCUGGGAGUGACUGAAGCCUUCAAGAGAGAUACCAACAACAAGAAGAUGAACCUGGGAGUCGGUGCCUACCGGGAUGAUAAUGGAAAACCUUACGUGAUCCCCAGUAUCCGGAAGGCAGAGGCCCAGAUUGCUGGAAAAAAUUUGGACGAAGAAUGCCUACCCAUCGGGGGACUGGCUGGUUUUUGUAAGGCUUCUGCAGAACUGGCCCUGGGCAAGAACAAUGAAGUGUUGAAAAGCGGCCAGUUUGUAACUGUGCAGAUCAUUUCUGGGACUAGAGCCUUAAGGGUCGGAGCCAGUUUUCUGCAAAGAUAUUUUAAGUCCAGCCAAGAUGUUUUUCUACCCAAACCAUCCUGGGGAAACCACACGCCCAUCUUCAGGGAUGCCGGCAUACAGCUACAAGGUUAUCGAUACUAUGACCCAAAGACUUGCGGCUUUGACUUCCUAGAAGUCAUAUCAAAAAUCCCACAGCAGAGUGUUCUCCUUCUGCACGCCUGUGCUCACAACCCCAUGGGUAUGGACCCACGUCCAGAGCAGUGGAAGGAAAUGGUGUCCGUGGUGAAUUUGAAAAAGAGUCUCUUCGCAUUCUUUGACAUGGCCCACCAAGUCUUUGCCAGCGGCGAUGGUGAUAAGGACGCCUGGGCUGUGCAGCACUUCAUCGACCAGGGCAUCAAUGUCUGCCUCUGCCAAUCCUAUGCCAAGAACAUGGGCCUGUACGGUGAGCGUGUGGGAGCCUUCACGGUGGUCUGCAAAGAUGCGGAAGAAACCAAAAGGGUGGAGUCACAGCUGAAGAUCCUGAUUCGCCCCUUGUAUUCCAGCCCGCCUCUCAAUGGAGCCCGGAUCGCUGCAACUAUCCUGACUUCUCCAGACUUGCGAAAGCAAUGGUUGCAAGAGGUGAAAGGCAUGGCUGACCGCAUCAUCAGCAUGAGGACCCAGUUGGUCUCCAACCUGAAGAAAGAGGGCUCAUCCCACAACUGGCAGCACAUCACCGACCAGAUUGGCAUAUUCUGCUUCACCGGCCUAAAGCCUGAGCAGGUGGAGCGAUUGGCCAAAGAGUUCUCAGUCUACAUGAUAAAGGAUGGCCGAAUCUCCGUGGCCGGGGCCACCUCUGGCAAUGUGUGCUACCUCGCCCAUGUCAUUCACCAGGUCACCAAGUAA